UUUAAUAAUAUUUUCACAUUUUUUAUGGUUUGAAAUGCCACUAAUUAUUACUCUUUUGCGUUUGUCGGUAUCCUUCUAUUUUUGGGCGGUCUCAUUUGUGUUCAGAUUUUUGAAUUUCCUUUACAAACGUCGAAUUGUGGAUAAAGCAACAAAUGAAGUUUUGCUUAUUUCUGCUGGAGAGGCAGCUGCAAUGAUUAGAAGGGGGGAGAUAGGAUCUCUUCAAUUAGUCGAGGCUUAUAUUGAGAGAAUUCGGCAUGUUAAUGGAAUGUUAAAUGCAGUUGUAGAAGAUAAUUAUGCGAAAGCCAGGGAAACCGCUCAGCAUGUUGACAACUAUUUAAGUCUUAUUAACAGAAAUUCUGAAGAAUUGGCUAAGUUAGCAAAAACAAAACCUUUAUUUGGUGUUCCGUUCACUGUUAAGGAUAAUACAUUUUGCAAAGAUUUUGUGUGUACGGCAGGUGUUCCUGCAAGAAAACAAAAUGAACCUUGUGAGGAGGAUGCUGAGGCUGUUAAACGAGUUAAGGAUGCUGGUGCAAUUUUGCUAGCAAUAACAAAUGUUCCAGAACUUGCUCUUUGGUGGGAGAGUAGCAACAAAAUUUAUGGAAGAACUAAUAAUCCUUAUGAUGUUCGAAGAACUCCUGGUGGUAGUAGUGGAGGUGAAGGAGCACUUAUUGCAGCAGCUGGAUCGGUUAUUGGAUUGGGGAAUGAUGUUGGUGGAUCUCUACGCGUUCCAGCUGUUUUUUGCGGAAUUUUUGGACUGAAACCUGGACCUGGAAUUGUUCCUUCUUCCGGGAUUAUUCCUCAUGUUAGAGGUGGUUAUGUUACUCAAAUGGCAUCGGCUGGACCCAUGGCUCGUUAUGCUUCUGAUUUGGCAUUAAUGCUUCAAGUCCUUGCUGGAGAGGAGGUUGCUCAAAAUCGGCUUCAUUUACAACAACCAGUUAAUUUCAAGAAUGUCAAAAUUUUUUAUAUGGAGGAAAUUAAAUCUUUAUUUUGUCAAAAUUUGUCAAAAGAAAUGCGUCACGUUGUUCGAAAGACAGCUAAAUAUUUUGAAAAAAAAUAUGACAUUAGCACACACCGUCUCGAUUUAUUGUUAGCUCAUCAUGCUCAUGAAAUGUUUUUAACUUCAUUAGAUGAAGAUGAUUAUGAAAAGAUAACAAUGGCUAUGUCUAAUUCGAAGUAUGAUGUUAAUUGUGUUUUUGAAUUAAUUAAAUUCCCGUUGGGUUUGUCUGAUCACACAUUGCCGGCUAUAUUUACAGGAAUGCGAAGCAAGCUUCCAAAAAAGAAUGAAGCUAGAAGAAAAUUUAUUAACAGUAAACGUGAUCAGUUACGCCGUGAAAUUGUUGAUUUGUUGGGCAAGGAUGGAAUUUUAAUUUUUCCUGCAUGGCCUACCACAGCACCAUUUCAUCAACAACCUUUGCUUACUCCAAUGAAUAUAUUAUAUACAGCAUUAUGGAAUACUUUAGCUUUGCCUGUUCUUGCUUGUCCUAUGGGAAUUAAUUCUGAAGGUUUACCUGUUGGUGUUCAAAUUGUCUGUGCACCAGAUUCUGAAAGGUUACUUUUGGCAGCAGCUCAAGAUUUGGAGGAAGGUUUUGGCGGAUGGACACCUCCUGAACCGCCUGGAGGGUGGAGACAAUUUGUAAGAAGAAUUGUCAGUCGUUGA